AUGGCAAUGGAGCUGCCAGCGUCGUUGGACACUACCAAUCGUCCAGAUGAGUGGAAGAUUGAACAAGGCAUGGCAGGCCACAAGCUGCCCAUCCUUGAUCAAACUGGAAGCGACACCGUCCACAUUUAUCCUCCAAAGGAGGCAAAAGUGACUAAAGAUCAAGAGGCCAUCGCAUCGGUGGGGAAUCGUACCAAGUUAUUCGCCCGCGAACGUGUAGGUUGGAAAGGAUACAUUGAGUGGGAAAACUAUCCUGAGAAAAAGGCCAAAGCACACAAGAUCCUCACUUCGCAGACAUUCGCUCCAUGUCCUGAUUUCAAUUUCGGUCCAAUUCCAGACACCAACCCAGUCCUUCCGGGUAAUGACUUCAAGGAUUGGCAUGCUGCUAUCGGAGGUGAACUCGCCACUACAGCAGACGAUUCUUGGAGAUGUGUUCUCCGUGAGAAGCAUCCGGAUAUGCUGCAUCUUCUGCAAUUCCCUUACAAUGGGGAGCCCCCCAAGCGGCUGGUCACCUCGAAGGCAAUAACACCCAAUCCUCUGCACUUUGUUCGGAACCAUGGCGGCAUCCCGGUAAUCGACAAAGACAAGUGGGAACUUUCGCUCGAUGGGUUGGUGAACAAUCCCAAGACCUAUAAAUUCAAAGAUCUCCUGAACGAGAGCAAAUUCCCACGCAUUGAGAAGACGGUGACAAUCCAGUGCUCGGGAACCCGUCGUAUUGAGCAAAUUACCCUGUACGGCGGUCAGGGAGAUGAGGUUCCCCAAGCACCAUGGGCUGAGGGAGCUAUAGGUACAGCACGCUACCACGGUAUCAGCUUGAAGAAGCUGAUUAAGGAUUGUGGGGGUCUCGUUAAGCCAGCUAAACACCUCGAACUCUACGGUGCUGAGACCUACUUCAAAGAUCUAGAGGUGGGCAACUAUGUUGUCAGUGUCCCAUGGUCCAAGGUCAAGGCCAACGAAGUCAUCCUGGCAUGGGAGAUGAACGGUGAACCUCUGCCAAAGAUCCACGGGUAUCCAUUGCGUGUAGUAGUACUGGGAUACAUUGGAGCCCGAAGCGUCAAAUGGCUCUACCGCAUCAAGGCGAUUGAGAACCCGUCUAUCGCACCAGUCCAGUCCAAAGAGUACCUUUACUUCAACCAACAGGUCGGAAAGUACAACCUGCGACCCACAGACGGCAUCCAAAUCCAGGAAAUGCCUGUCAGUUCAGCAAUCAUGUCCCCCUUCACAAAACAAGCAGUCCUCCACACAGGAAGGAUCCGAUGCAAAGGCUGGGCAUACUCUGGCGGUGGUCGAUGGCCCGAACGAGUCGAACUGUCAGCAGAUGGUGGUUUCACCUGGUACGACGUGCCACCGGAGAACCUAUCAAAGAAGGGAAAAUGGACCUGGCGUACCUGGGAAUUCGACUUACCUUGUGAUGUUGAAGGAUGGAUUGAGAUUGUAUGUCGGUGCUGGGACAACUCCCUCAACACGCAGCCCCUUAAUGUCCGAGCGGCGUGGAAUUGGGGUCUGCAUGUCACGUCCUCGGCUCAUCGCAUCAAGGUCUAUAGUAUCAACAAGAGUCGGGAAAGAACGAAACAGCGUUUGGAUAAGUUUGAGCAGCUGGGUAUCCCCUUGGCUCCUCUUACUCACUAUGAUGAUGUCCCAGGUCAGACACAGGAGGAAUACAAGCAGUACUGGAAGGUGCAUGAGCCACGGGAUGUCGAUGAAUGA